CACUGCAUGCAAUAGUUGGCCACAAACAGAGCCGCGCCAUCACCACCUCACUCCAUCGACUCUACUCUAGCGACCAGAGUACGCAUUUCGACCAUUAUUUCAAUCAGCUCAGGAACUUGUCAAAUACCAGUUACUUGCGUACAACGGACGCGAGUACAACGUGUUUAGUGUGCGCGCUCAAGAAACGAAAGCCAAUUGAAUUGAACAAGAACAAAAGUAAAAGAAAAUAGAGAUUAGUACCUGCUUUAAUGAUAAAAAAAAAUAACAAUAACAAUAAACAUCGCUUUCGGUCAUUACAGCGAUUUUAGAAUAAAGCACGAUUACUCAACAACAGUUAGAUUAAGAAAGCCAGUGCAAAUUGACAGAAACGUUUGGCAGAGUGCAAAAUAAUAUAUGUACAAGUUUUGCUCAAGUGAAAAAAAUUUAAGAAAUAAUUAACAGUUUUGUCUACUCUACACGAGGCACAAGCAAGAAGUUCCAAAAAAAGGAGUAAGGGUUAAAAGUGAAAAACAGUGACAGCCAGAAAAAGACAAAAUAUCGAGUUGACCUCAGGAGGACGGGAGCGCGGUUGCAAUAACAAUUAAAAUCAAUUAGUGUAAUUUCAUUUGAUUAAUUCCCACCCCACUUACCCACGCAGUCAGCGCUAUGGUGAAGGCCGAGUGUAUACAGUAUGAUGAUAAUCAUUUGCCCUAUAUAGAUUUGGGUACCGCUGUUAUACGCAUGGAAAAAGAAGAAGCUCCGGAAUGGGCGUUAGAGAAAGCGCGUCAGGAAUUGCGCGAAACACCUGAAAUAAUGGAGCCGGCUAUUAAAAAGUUGCGUGAGUUAAUUGUAGCCGAACAACACUUAAAAUUGCCUUUGGAAGAUGAAUAUAUGAAAAUGUUCCUGCGUCCAUGCCAUUACUAUCCAGAGUCGGCGAUGAAGAGGCUCACGCACUUCUAUCACAUGAAAGCGAAAUAUGGUGCAGCCUGUGAGAAUAUUGUACCCAGCAAAUUGCGUAAUGUCUUCGAUGAGGAUAUCAUGGCUCUAUUUCCGAACCGGGAUCAACAUGGACGGCGGAUACUUGCUAUCGAGGCGGGAAAAAAAUGGAAACCCUCACGCGCACCACUCGUCGAUCUCUUCCGCACCAUACAGUUGACAGUACUCGGCUCCAUGGCCGAACCGCUUUCGCAAAUCUGCGGCGCGGUGGUCAUUAUCGAUAUGGAGGAUUUGCCCAUGAGUCAUAUUAUGCAGUUCACACCCUCCUUCGCCGCUAUGAUUUUGGAUUAUGUACAGGAGUGCAUUUGUGUGCGUCUGAAGGCGGUGCAUAUUGUGAAUAACUCAUACAUAUUCAAUAUGUUGUUUGCGAUCUUCAAGCCAUUCAUACGCGAGAAGCUGAGGAAGCGAAUUUUCUUCCAUGGCAAAGACUGGAAGUCGCUGGCGUCGCACAUCGAUAAGGAAGCGCUGCCGGCGAAAUAUGGCGGCACGGGUACUUGGGAGCUGCCGUCCGGCAAGCUGUUGGGUGAUUUCUUUGCAUGCUAUUCAGCUGAUUAUGAAUUGGCGGAUACUUAUGGCUUUACGGAGGAUUACAAACCGAAGAAAUAAAGCGUUGCAGUGUUGCCAUCUGUCUUUUUAUUAUUAUUUUUGUAAACAAAAAAAUUUAUUUAAUUUUUUUUUUGGGUAUUAUAGUUUUUAUAGUUUUUUUACGUAAUUACUUUUUUUAUCAUUUAGCUCUUGCAGUCAUUAUUUAAAUGCACGUACAUAUUUAUAUACAUACAUAUGUAUAUAUGUAUUUGGCUUAAUAGUUGUUGUUUUUUUGAUAUGCAAAUUACUUUUGUGAUAUUUGUAGAACUCUUUUAAUUAAACUAUAUAUAUAUAUAUAUAUAUAUAUAUAUUUGAUUCUCUUUCUAUGCCAUUCGUGUGUGCAGAUUUCAUUAGAACAAAAAAAAAAACUUUCAUUAAAGAAAAAUACUCUUGCCCAAAUGCACAACGGUACCUCAGUAGAAGAGCAGAGUAAUAAAAGAGAGAUCAACAACAAAAUGUCUAUGUGCAGUAUGAUUUUAUAAAAAUCUGAUAUUUUUAGUCCAAUUAAUAGUUAAGAUUCGUGGUGAUGUUGUGUUAUUUUGUAAAAAAAAAAAA